AUUCACAGAAUUAAAAAAAUAAGUCUUUUUCUUGUGUCAUCCGUCUUGUACUUUACGAGUGAAUUUUAAGUUGACACAGUGCAGUUGCAUGCAUCAAUUAUAAGUAUAUGCAUGAUGAUAAUACACAUGUAAUAUUAAUGAUAAUAGUAAAAACAACAACACAUAUUAGUUGUAUACAGAUAAUUUUAGCAAAUUCUGAGGCCAGAAAUAGAAGGAUAUAACAGAAAGAUACAUGUAUAAAAAGUAAUUUUAAACUUCAAAUCGGGUUAAAUAAGGUAAUAAACUAAAAAGAUGCCAGAGGUAAGAUAUUAGAUAUUUCAAUUUCAACACAAAUAUAUUCUUAAACUAUGAAUAGACACAUGAACUGUUUGUAAUAUUAGUAUUGUCAUACGACCUAAGGCAGAGUUUAUUUACAUUAAAAAUAAAUUAAAGAAUCACAUCAUAAUUCCAUCUUAGGAAAAUUACAAGUGAAUGUGUAUUGCAUUAACAAAAUGAAUUGAAUUAGGACGUGUGAAAUUAUAAUUGGACCGAUAUUCUUUAUAUAGGUUUCUCGUUAAUACCGUUUGUACAUGGUUAUUAAAAGUGUUGAUAAAAGUAAUCAGAGUAGAUAUUGUUGGCAUUGAAUAAAAUAUAAACCAAAACUGAAGAUAAAACAUGGCAUUUUAAACGGAAUUAAUCUGCUUAUAAAAUAUUUAUUGGCACUCAAGACCUCUUUUCUUUAAAUACAUACAUAUUUUUUUUUUAAAUGUUUCAGGUUAAGGUAGAGUAUUAACCCAAACUGAUUUUUUUCUUGGUUUUUCAUUCGUUCUCAUUUGCUCAAUGACAUAAGCAGCUAUACAGUAUCUCACAUUUCCUUCCAUAGCAGAAAGGGGUCAUUGACAUCUGUGGUACUUGAUAUGUGACUACAUUUGUAUAGGCUACAAUUAUUAUUAUCUGUAGUUCUUCAUUGUUGAAGGUCAGCCGCUUCGAUUUCAUUCAGAAGUUACCCUCUCUACAAAAAAAAAAAAAAAAAAAAAAAUCAAUAAUAAUUAACAGUAGCGAUUUUACUUUCUAUAGGAUGUAUUUUCAAGCUUUUUAUGAAGAAAUAUGUGUUUCCAUGCCACAAGCUAUAUAAGCUUGGUGUCUCGUUUAACUGUGGUGUUCAUUUCGUACACUCAUUUCUAAAAACGAUCCCUAACACUAAAACAAAUAUAUGACACAAAAAAGAAAAGUUAUUUAGUAAGAUUGAUAAAGGGUUAGUGAAGUAAUUUGACAGAAACGAACCAACAAUAGCGAACUAUUUCUAUAAUCGAGGUUGGGUCUUCAAAAAUACGACACCGCCUCGCCUCUUAGUACUCGCCUCGGGUGUUGGAAGUUGUGGGUUUAAUCCAAGACUGGCUCAAACCAAAGACGUUAACUCGGUAUUUGCUGCUUCUCCGAUUGACAAACGGAUUAUAAUUAGUAAUAGUAAAGACACUGGUCGGCUAGGCGUCCCAAUAAUGAGUCCGGAUUGGGUGACAUGUCUUUCGAAUUGCUACUUUAUGAAAAUCUAGCUCAGCGUGUCAGUCUAGUACAUGUACAAAGCAGGGUCCAUAUUCAUAUCACAUUAACAUCUUCUCAUCAUGUGAAUGUAAUACUUGCCACUGGACCUUACACAUUAUCAUCAUCGUAAAAAAGUGACAACUAUUACUACAAUGUAUUAUACCUUUUAUAAAAACGAUAAGAAAGUCACACAGUAUAGCAUUAAUAACAUAUCAAAGUCAAUCUAAAAAUUAAAAAGGGAAAUGAAUGAUGAUCAUUUUGAACUUGAAAAACUUAUGACCAAAAGUUGAAGAAAAACAAGCACUGAAACUAAAUAUUUUUAUUAGAUCUAUUCUUUAAAUUGAAAGAAAACACUCCGUGUUUAUGACGAAAGGCCGCUGAUGACAAAUUUUUAAAGUCCAUACGCAUACAUUAUCCUACACUAUAAUAAAUAUAUAAAUUCCUCAAACAGAUUUAAUAAUUUGCCUGAGGUAUCUACCUAUGAAGUAUAUUGAUAGCAUAAAGGUGUGAUUUGUUUAGCUGAAUAUUCGGACGAAAAUGAAACAUGUGCAGAGUUUUAAUAUUCGAUAUUUCAAAUAAUUAAUCAGAAAGUAAAAUGUGGAUCUGAUUUAUAAUUCAGUGGAUAACUAAUUUGAGAUGGAAACCAUAAAACAGAUAAAAGAAGAAUUUCUCGUGUGUCCGAUCUGUAUCCAGCGAUACAGGAGCCCUAAACUGUUACCAUGUCUUCACACGUUCUGUAAAGACUGUCUGGCUAAAUCUCUAAACAAACUGCUGGACGAUAGUCAACCGGAAGUAGUUAUUAGUGGUGAUGAAAAUUGUAACGAGACUAGUAAAUGCUUCUCUUGUCCCGUAUGUAGAUCAGAAAUACAACUCGACAUUCCCAUUGGAAACAGAAAUGUCCAGCAAUGGGCAGAGGUUUUCCCGGAUAAUCAUUUUAUCGAAAGUUUAAUGGAGAAACUUGAUAUGCACUCAACAGAAAAACACUGUGAAUCUUGCAGUAUAGAAGGACAAUCUCGUAGAAAUAAAGCUGAAAACUGGUGCCAAACAUGUAAAAUUGCAUUUUGUCAAUCUUGCAUCAAUGCUCAUAACGUCAUCAAAGCAUGUCGUGAACACGUGGUGAUCUCUUUGGAAGACAUGCGCAGCAAUCCAAUGCAGUCGAUUUUGAGCACGAGAAAGGAUAUCCCUUGUUCUUAUCAUAGGGACAAAAUAAUCGAGUUUUAUUGUGUCGAUUGUCAUGCUGCGAUUUGUUCUUCUUGUGUUGCAGUUCAACAUCGACGAUGUGAAAUGGUUGAAACUGUUUCAGACGCUGUUCAAAAAUUAAAACCAGAAACUGAACAUGUUUACAAAGAUUUACAGCGACAACGAGAAAUUCUGUCAGAGUGGGCAACCGAUCAUUCCAAAGAGUUGUCGGAACUUGCAGAUAACAAGACACACUUAAUUGCAGAACUAUCAGACGUUAGAUCAAAAAUAAAUGAACUGUUACUUAAUCUAGAAAACAAACUGAUCGGCGAAUUAGAAGAGAAACAUAAAUCAACUAUGAAUGAAGUCGAUGUUAGGCUGAAAGAUGUUGACGAAAUGAAAAAGAACGUUGAAAAUACAAACAACUUAUUACAAAACUUGAUGAAAUUCGGAAGUGAUUCAGAAAUACUGUCUCUCUUUGAUACUAUCAAAGUCCAAGUUGAUGACAUGAGGUCUGCUAUCCAAAAGGCAAAACUAAACAAACUGAAUACGAGAUACAAAUUUUCCAUAGAUCCAUGUUUACAGCGAAUUCUUGAAAUGAAAUCGUUUGGUAGGAUUAUUGAUGUUGUAGAUUUAAACAAAGAAAACUAUUUGAGUAUGAAUGGCUACGAUGACGACGAAAGUCAAAAUCGUACAGGUACCAUUAAAAGGACGGGUACAUUUAGAGUUGAAAAACCAUCAGGUAAAUCUUUAACUCCGACAAAUAGUAUGUCUUCAACGUCGAGUGAAUCGGUAAGUUCACAAGAAGCCGCUCCUAUUCCUCCUAGACGCCGAAAUACUCCCAUGCGAGGUGUUCAUAAAGACAAUGUGAAACAGAAUGAAAGGAAUGUACCUAACCGUGCCGGCACAUUACCGAGACAACCUAGAACACCGAGAUAUCCGAGUGUAUCUAGAGCAAAAUCGCACAGUAAUGCUGAUAUAAGAGAAGAAAAAACAAACCGAGAAAGCAUAAAAUCUUCAGUUCGAAAUUUAAAUAACGAAAGUAGACGAGAUUCAGUAAGAACGUCAACACAAAGAAAUGUUUUAUCGCCAGAAAGAAAAGCUGACUCUGAAAUUACUCCUCAGGGAAAUAUUUCUCGUACAUCGAGAACUUCAAUUAAACCACCAUUACCACCUGAAGCUACGGUUACUCCAUUUUCUCCACCUACUGGCAGACGAAAUAUAGAAAAGAAAGAACAAGGUCAUGCUUUGUCAUCAUCCGUAACAUCUAAAUCUCAACCAUGUCGCUCUAAAUCUAUAGAAGAUGGAAUAGACGACACAAUCCCUAUGCCUAAAACACAAAGCCAAGAAAGGAACAGAGACGAAGGCAUGUCACCAAAGAAGAUAGAAAGUUUGAACACUAGCAUACCGUCUGACAGCUUAAACGGUCAGUUACAACAGAAUCCGGUAAAAUUAAAUGCCAAUCAAAUAUCACCUUGCAAUACUGAACCACAAUCGAAUACAACGUCACGUCCACAGGUACCUGCUAAACCUGAAAUGCAAAAGUCGAAGAGUAUACCCCUGUUAUUUUCUUUUAACGGAAAGACAGAUGGAGAUUCAAAGAAAUGCUGGCCAAUCGAUAUUGCAGUUCUUGAAGACGGUACGCCGAUAAUUACAGAUUUUCACAAUAAGAAAAUUAAAGCAUUUGAUCCAAGUGGAUGUGUCGUGGGAGAGGCAUCAGUACCAAGUUGGCCUCACGGAAUAGUAGACAUUUCAAGUACAGAGUUAGUAGUCACACUUCCGGAACUUUCAACACUUAUAUUUGUAAUACUUAAAGACGAUGUAAUGAGAAUACGGAAGCGAAUCCGAACUGCAAAACAAUACAGAGGAGUUGCAUGUGAUGCGUUCUCCGUUCCUGGAAAUCCAUGUAUUGUGGUCUCUUGUUGUUCUUCUGGUGGACAGUGUGUUGACGUCUUGACGGUAGAUGGCGCAAUUUUACAAACCUACCGCGAUGACUAUCGUCAACACGGACGACUGUUGUUUACAUGGCCAUAUUAUAUAUGCACAAAUAAUCAAGGGGAAAUAGUUGUCUCCGAUUGCCAGUCAAGAAACAAUUUGAUAUGUCUAGGUAGAAACGGUAAAGCUAGGUACGAAGAAUCGAUGAAUGAGAGUGUAAUUAAAGAUCCAAGAGGAAUGUGUACGGACAGACUCGGAAACGUUAUUAUCGCCGACAAAAAUGGAAACGCCAUUCAUAUGUUAGGCAUUGAUGGGAAGUACAAAUAUGUAGUAAUGACAUCUAAUGACGGUCUGGUUAGUCCUAUUGCCGUAUGUCUCAGUCCAUUUGGACAUCUAAUUGUGACACAGGAAAACGGAGACAUUAAAGUAUUCAAAUUUUGACAGGAAACGAACAUCUUUCGUCCUGCCUAAAAUAUUUGAAAAUUCAUUACAGCCUGAUCUCAAUUUGGACUUUAAAGAAAAUAAGCUAGUCGAAUCUAGCUUAGUUUCUGCACAGUAUUAUGUCAGUGACAAAAGGGAAACAACUCUAAUGACUAUAAUUUUCAAGAUGGUCACCAAUUUAUUUUAUUUUUGAUAAAAUACAAAAAUUUUAUUUUACAAUGAUCAAAUACAAAAAAAUAGUCUUUCAAAGUAGCGCCAGUUCAUACUGAUAUUAAUAUUCAUUAUUACAUAGCAUUGUAUCAUAUUUAAUGUUAUUUAUUACUAAUAAAUUGUUUAAUGUUUA